CUCUCGAUCAGACCUCGCCAUCACCUCCAAAGUCAUUGGUUCUAGCUCCUCCACAUAUACAUAAUUAUCAUCCUGACUUUCAUUUCCCAGAGCCAAAUCAUCCUUUCUCUCCCAACUCUCUCUCUCUCUUUCUCUGAGAAAUGUCUCAAGAACAUUAUCAUGGUGCUGGCAUGGACAUGGAAAUGACUCCUCCGGAUUCCAUGUCGGGUUGUAGCACGAACAUGAUGAUGCAGAUGAGUUUUUACUGGGGUAAAGCUGCCAUAGUCCUAUUCUCUGGGUGGCCUGACCAAAAGCUGGGCAUGUACGUGCUGUCCCUUUUCUUCGUCUUUUUGCUAGCGCUCGCUGUCGAGGUCUUGUCCAUCUUGCCGGGUGUGAAGCCGGGCACGAAUCCGAUUCUUGGCGGGUUGACUCAGGCUACCGUCUACGCUUUUCGGAUGGGUUUCGCUUACUUAGUCAUGCUCUCUGUCAUGUCCUUCAACCUUGGAAUCUUCAUCGCCGCCGUGGCCGGCCACGCCGUUGGGUUCUUUAUUAUCAAGGCUCGGGCUCUUGCCACCGCCGGACGUGAGGAGACCUUGACCUCCCCCACCGGUAUCACUCGAAAAGUUUGAUUUUAUGUCGAUGCCCCCCACGUGUCUUCUCUCAAAAGAAUAUGUUGUCUUUUCAGUGUCGUUUGUACAUAUAUAAUUGUAAUGUUCUUUUCUCUGUUUGGAUGUGAGAAUCUAAUUCAAGUCUGUAUUUGCAUGAGUAUUCCUGGUGGGUAUUGUGGAAUUGUAAUGUGGAGUACUUUGUAUUCAAUAUUAUUGUUAUCAUCGUCAUCGUCA